GUCGGUCGGUGGGUCGGGCGAGCUGCGCCUCGGAGAAAGAGAGAUAGGUAUCUAUCAGUACGAGUGGCGGCGGCGCCGAGGCAACACCGUCUGAACAGCACGCACUGCGCACCGAGCAAUGUGCACCACGCCGAGGAUCGUAUCAGCCGCCACCGAGCCACCCUGCCGCCCCUGCUGCUGAGCUCCCAGGUGAUGUCUGGGCAGCGCGGUUCGUCGUCGAUGCCCUGCGGUGGGCUGUGCCACGUGCUGUGGGGGCUGUGCUACGUAGCGGCGGGGGCUGUCCAGCUGGUCGCGGGCCUCUUUGCCCUCAAAUGGCUGCCGGUGCUCGGACUCGGAACCAACAUCGUUUCCGGAUCAUGGAACCUGCUGGCGGGAAUCACGUGCGCGCUGAUCGCAGGCCUGGCGACGGAGCUGAACGCGGGCCGGCUCAACGCGCUGCUGUGCAUCAGCAUUUCCGUGCUGGCCGUCGACGCGGUCAACCUGGCCAUCCUCGAGCUGUACGAGUGGCCGUUCCUGGUGACCAAAGCAGACCAGGACAUCAUCAAGCAGCGCAGCAUGGAGAAGCUCGUGUGCUACGCUCGGCUCUCGACCAGCGUGAGUAGCUUCCUAAUUGUAAUCAUAGCCCUGCUGGAUACCCACAUAUCAUUUUGUGUUCUGCACAACCGUAAGACGAGCAAGAGAAGGGCCGAAACAAAUAACGCAGCGCCAGACCCCAUCCUCAACGACAUGGAGUACAUUUUGCCGAGGCGUCCGACCAACCUAGACGAUGACGACGAUGAAGAGCAGCACCACCUUACCAGCAACCCGAAUUCGGCACAGGCGUGGGUCUUCGACACCGGACCCAUCGGCGGCUGCGCCACUGAGGUUAAAACCCGUCUGAGCACAGAUGAGCCCCUAAGUGCCUGCAACCGGCCAAACACGUACCUGCUCAGCCGGACGCCUCAACAAUCGAACAAGGUGGUGGUUAAGUUGGAGGUGCCGGCUUACGAGGACCGCACGAGCCUCAACUUCAUGCGCAGUUUUUCGCGGACGCCGUCGCCGACGUGCAGUCUGAGUCACCCAAUCUACGAGAGCGUGGACAAACGGACAGCCACUGUGUCUCCGCGCGCCAGACUCUACACUGCAGACUACGCUUACGCGAAGCACCACCGGCCUGGCUCGUCCACAGACACGGCGCGCACCCACAGACGCAGUGAGAGCUGCGACACACGACCGCACAGCGUGAGCAGUUUCCACCCUCCGACGGUGGCGAGCAGCACGGCGGCCACUCCUUCGGGCAAGUACCAGUACGCGUCGUUGAUGAUGGAGCUGGAGCAGGCGAUCCAGAACAAGAAGGAUGACGACGAGGAGGGCAGCCCGGUCGGCAGCGGCUCCACCGACCCCUCCACGCUCAAGGACAACAGCGACACCGAGUUCUCCAAGGAGCUGGAGGCAGCGUUGCAGAUGCUGCAGGACCUCGGCUCGCCAAACACGAUCGAAACGCCAUCCGAACCGAGCAGGUCCAUCACCACAAUGCCCCCACCAGCCGUGGAAAUGAAGAAGCUUGCAGUGGUGCACGAGGGUCGCAGCAGCCGGGCGUCGUCGUCAGGCUACAGUUCCCCGACCCUGACAGGCAGCUUGUCCCACCUGUUCCCCCCGCCGCCCCCGCCGCUCCCGGGGGCGGUUGGCUCCUCCAGUUGCAGCAUCCAGCGGCGGGACGACAACAGCACGGUCAUCACGGUGAACAGUUCUGACAGCGCUGAGAGCAAAGCCGUGUCCACGGUGGACCUGAAUCCAGACCCUGUAAGCGAUUUCUUCAAGAUCGGCACGUGGGGCACCGGCACCAACAACUCAAGGACCUCGUCAGGCAUCGGCCACGACUUGGAGAACGCGCUGCUGCAGACCGAGAGUCUGGCCUGUCUGUCCGAACUCGAGUUGCUCGCCCGUCAUUGCAGGCAGAAGGCGGAGCAGAGGCAAAUUGAAAGGAAGGUUCAAAGACAGAUGUCAAUCAGAGCCAGCUCGAUGCGGGAUGCGCUGAAAAAAACUUUGCCCUCCUAUUCAGUAGACGGGUAUCAAGUGAAGGACUCUCCUGCUUGAAUAUUCUGCCAACAAGAAAAAACUGAAAAGUGAAAUUGAGCGCGCGCGUUUGUGCCGCAAAACAGAAUCCAAAGCAAGUUGCCAUUGAAAAUAUUAAUAAUGAGAUAUUUAAUUGUUACAAACUGAUGAAAAGAAGAAAGUAUUUUCCUAUCGUCAGAAUAACCAUUUGAUUGAAACGAUGAUUUUUCCCGAUUGCCGGAACAAAGCACGCACAAAAGCUUAAUAUUCAAAAGAAGCACAUAUUUCUCUUUAGGACAGUUGUCUUCGCUGUGAUUUAUGUGAAAUCUCUUCUACGGACGGCACCAGAACCAAAAAUUCAGCCCUACAUGUAUCAUGUGCUAUUUGUUGGAAUAUCAAAAUCGUGUCAGGAGGACAUUUUAACUAAUUAUGUCAGGAGUGUAUGCUGAUUAUAUACACUGAUCUGCGUGCAUAUUAUGGGCGUCUCCUCCUAAAUGGCCAACGGUUUCUCUUUGUAAGAGACAAAAUAAUUUCACACACACACAGAGAAUAAAUAAAAUAAAUAUAUUUUUUCAAAUCGAAGGAAAUGUUACAAUGUGAAGUCGCAUACUUUGUUAGAAGCCAGGUUCCGUUAAUAGUUCUCAAGCUGCGUGUGCAAAAGAGGGUAUAAAUAGGAAGAUCGUCUCAAGUCAAAUACGAAAAUGGAAUCACGCCACGUGAGAGUUAAGUUUUGUGUACCUACUGUGUAACGGUGUGAAAACCAUUUCUACAUUGUAUUUAAAUCGCUUUUUUGCAUUUCACAAAGCGGAAUGAUUUUUUUUAUUAUUUUUACACCGUUACACCUCCAUUUAAUAGCAAUACCAAUUUUGUUACCAAUAAAGAAUCUCUACGCAAAGGAAAAA